CCGGGCAGUGAUUGCACUGCACGUGUUUUAAAAAUUCGCACGGUUCGCUUCGAAUUGGUGCGCUUAAAAUUUAGUUUUAAUGCAAUCGAGUAGUGAAACAUGGAAAUAAAUAUCAACAAGCUGCGACGCAGCGUUCAAAUGCUGUUGCAGCUUAUUGCGGAAAAGCAGCAGAAUGAUGGGUUUGCAUUAAAUUUAAAGAAGUUUCUAAAGAAACAGCUGUAUGCUGAGCAGGAUGUGGAGCGCCUGUUUAACAAUCUUAGCGAACAGUUAACGUCGCCGGGUUAUACAGUGCCUCUGGCUUUGAGUUUCGAGGAGCACCUGCUGUUACUGUUGACCAUGUCGCUGCGUUCGAAUCCAUCAGAUCGAACAGAGAAAUAUAAAUUGGAAUGUAUUGCCUUGGCUAAGUUGUUGCAGUUGUCAGAGGCUGCCAGGAGAUUCGCCAAGAGCUACUUUCGCAAUCGGGCAGCCCCUUUCGAGGUGCAGAUGCCCACUAAGGUGCCCAGCAAGAAGUCUAAAAGAACGCACACAAAUGGCACUAUGGAAGCAACAGAUCUAACAUGCGAUUUGGAUUUCAUCAAAUGUUGCUAUCAGCUACUGAAAAGUGACGUAGUCUACUAUAGAGAGCUAUGGGAUUGGUCGCAAUUCCUGGCCAGCUAUACAGAAAAACAAAAGACAUGUCAGCUAACGCAGCUAUACUUGAAUCACAUUCUGGCCUUGUUAACCGAUAUGACCAGCACACAGCUGCAUGAGCUAAACAUACGCUCAGCGAUACCUAAUGAGGUGCAGCUUUUAUUCGAGCAACAGCAGCAAUUGCCCACAUUGAUGAGCUCCAGCUAUUUGCCCGAUCUGCCCGAGCAAACGCUGAAGCUAAGACUCAACAAAGCAAAUCAAUCCGUAAUCGACAUGGAAGGCGUCCUGCUGCCCAUUUACAAUGAGGAAAAUCAAAAGUUCUAUGCUGAUUCAGAUGGAUGCUAUGAUCGCAUCGUUAAAGUGGAUUCAACAAGUGUAAAUCUACGUAGCAUUGCUCUAGGCGUAGCUGCGGCAAAGCCCAUUUGUCUCUCUGGUCCAGUUGGCUGUGGUAAGACCACCCUAAUUGAAUAUCUCGCACGUAAAACGGGACGCAUUUGCCCUAAACCAAAAGAAAUUGAAAUCAGCAAACGAGCUCAAGAAGAGGAGGAGCUACUGAUACCCAAAAGAAAACAAAAGACAACAAAGAGUGCGGCUGGAAAGAGAAAAGUCGAAGAAGAUGUAGAAGAACUAAUGGUGCUUGAGGAUGGCGAUGGACUGGCUCAGCGAAAUGGUUUCUUACGCAUACAGCUUGGUGAUCAGACGGAUAGUAAAAUGCUGCUGGGCCAAUAUCGUUGUACAGAUGUGCCAGGUGAAUUUGUUUGGCUGCCGGGUGUAUUGACACAGGCUGUCAUGCAUGGUUACUGGCUGCUCUUGGAGGAUUUAGAUGCAGCUACACAGGACACAUAUACGAUAUUGAGCAGCCUCUUAGAGCGCAAUUACCUGAGUGUACCUGGUUUUAGAGAUUGCGUCAAGGUUGAGCCAGGGUUUCAAUUGUUUGUAACAGUGCGCACCAACAAAUCAUCCAACAAUUCCAGUCAAAAAUCUCUAUUAUCUCUGCUAGAGAAAUAUCUAUACACCAUAAAUAUUUUACCACUCUCGCGCAACGAGCUAUGCAAAGUGGUUAGCACUAAUUAUCCUAAACUGGCAACGGUAGCGAAUCGCAUUGUGGAUGUCUUCUUGACCUUCUCCAGUGGAGAUCAUACAGCUGCUGAUAAUUUGCGCCAGCAAGAGACCACAGAUAAGGCAGAUACCACAGAAAAGUAUCUGGCGUUGCCAUUUGAGCAUGUCCAACUCUCGAACAUGCCCAACUCCGGACGCUUGGUAUCCACGCGGGAUCUCAUCAAGCUCUGUCAGCGUUCUAAUGCUCAGUUUUCGGUGACAAGCUCUGAAUGCGCUUACUUUGUCUUCCGCAAUGCUAUCGAUGUCUUUUGCGCUUAUCUGCCGGAGAGCAAAGAGAAGACAGCUCUUAUAACAAGCGUUGGCGCUAAGUUGGGCAUCAUUAGAUCGAGAUGUGAACAUUUUGCUAAUGAAUACAAACCCGACGUGGAAUUCGGCAAGCAGACUUUUAAAAUUGGACGCGCUAUAUUACCAACAAUGAACGUGGAAGAGGAGCAAAGUGAAACACAAAAUGGAACUAAAAGACAAAAGCUAACAAUGGAAAGCAAGAAGACAAUAUUCAAGCCAGCUGCAAAACGUGCAACAUUUUCGUUUACACGCUUGGCCAGUUGUAUAUUGGAACGCAUUGCAGUCUGUGUGAAUCAGUCAGAGCCCGUGCUCCUGGUGGGCGAGACGGGUGUGGGCAAGACAUCCUCUGUGCAGUAUCUGGCAGAGCGCACCGACCAUAAGCUCGUGGCUAUAAAUAUGAAUAACCAGUCGGAUGUAUCGGAUCUAGUGGGUGGCUUCAAACCCGUCGAGCUGAACUAUGUGCUCGCCCCGCUGCGCUACGAGUUUGAAUAUCUGUUUGGAGAGACCUUCAAUGCAGAUAAAAAUCAGCAGUUUAUGCGCAUCUUCGCCACACACUUUAACAACGGACGUUACAGUGUGAUCAUACGAACUAUGUUGAGCGUCACGAACAACAUGUUCAGUAAGCCGCAGCAUAAGUCGAAUCCUUUCCUGCCACGUUGGCAGACGUUGCACGAGAAGCUGCAGCGCUUGCAACUGCAGCUGGACAAGAGCAUAAAUAUAUCGUUUGCCUUUAUACCUGGCUCCUUGGUCAAUAGCAUCAGCAAUGGUGAUUGGGUGCUGUUGGAUGAAAUCAAUUUGGCAUCGGCAGAGACACUCGAAUGCCUGUCCACCAUCCUGGAGCCGGAGGGCUCGGUUGUGCUGCUGGAGCGUGGCGAUUUUAUGCCUGUUAAGCGACAUCCGGACUUUCGUAUAUUUGCCUGCAUGAAUCCCAAUACGGAUAUUGGUAAAAAGGAUUUGCCUGUGGGCAUACGCAAUCGCUUCACCGAAUUCUUCGUCGAUGAGCUGACCACAGAUGCAGAUUUGGGUCUGCUCGUCGGGGACUAUCUGGCCAAUACGGGCAUCCAACGCAAAUCGGUGCAUAACAUUGUGCAGCUAUACAAAUCGCUGAGACGCCUUUCCGAGCUGCAGCUCAAUGAUGGACUUGGCAAUCGUCCCGUCUACUCGCUGCGCACGCUCUGCCGUAGCUUGCGCAUAUGCGCACGGAAUCUGUGUGGCUCGAUUGAGCGUAAUCUGUAUGAGAGCUUCUGCCUGAGUUUUCUGACACAACUGGAUCCGGAGUCACAUCAAAUGGUGUUGCUGCUCAUACGUAAUGCAUUGCUGCAGAAUCCAAAGGCUGUGCUCAAUCAAUCGCUGCCACAACUGGGUGAGAAUUAUCUGCAAUUUGAAGGCUACUGGAUACAGCGUGGUAGUCUGGAGCCACAGUCUUGCGAGCACUAUAUAUUAACAUCUAGCGUCAAGAAGAAUCUGCAGGAUCUGGCGCGUAUCAUAUCCAUUGGUAAGCUGCCCAUUCUGCUGCAAGGACCCACCAGCGCGGGUAAGACGAGUCUCAUAGACUAUGUAGCCCGGAGGAGUGGCAAUCGUUGCCUACGCAUCAACAAUCACGAGCACACGGAUCUGCAGGAAUACAUUGGCACCUAUGCAGCCGAUGUUAACGGCAAGCUGAGCUUCCGGGAAGGAGUUCUGGUGCAAGCCAUGCGACAUGGCUAUUGGAUUAUCUUGGAUGAACUGAACUUGGCCUCAACGGACAUUUUGGAGGCAUUGAAUCGGGUGCUCGAUGACAACCGUGAGCUGUACAUUGCAGAGACACAAACGCUGGUCAAGGCGCAUCCCAAUUUUAUGCUCUUUGCCACACAGAAUCCGCCGGGCCUAUACGGUGGUCGUAAGACCUUGUCCCGUGCCUUCAAGAAUCGCUUCAUUGAACUGCACUUUGCGGACAUACCCCGCUCGGAGCUGGAAAUUAUAUUGGAGCAACGCUGCCUGAUACCCGCUUCGUAUGCUCGAAAGAUGGUCCAGUGCAUGACACAGCUGCAGCAGCACCGCAAGAAUACCUCCAAGCAGGUGUUUACGCUGCGCGAUCUCUUCCGCUGGGGAAAUCGCUAUACGCUGGCAGACAAGGCCCUGCAGCAGGAUACGAAAUAUGAUUGGAAUCAACAUCUGAUAGAGGAGGGCUACCUGGUCUUAUCCGCCAAGGUGCGCACCAGCGAGGAGCUGCAGCUAAUUGAGCAGACUUUGUAUGCUAAUUUUAAGAAACGCAUCGACUUGGAGCUGCUCUUCGACAUUAAUACACAGCGAGAGAGUUCCGCCGUUAGUCGAAAAAUCUUGGAGGCCAUUAAGAACUUUAAACAGCGAGGCGACAUCGUCUGGACACGGAAUAUGACACGCAUGGCAGUGCUGACGGCCAAGGCACUGCAGUUUGAUGAGCCGGUGCUUCUAGUGGGUCCCACGGGCUGUGGCAAGACAACGGUCUGCCAACUCCUGGCGAGCAUUGCUCAAAAGCGUCUGCGCAUCCUCAAUUGCCAUAUGCACACGGAGGGUGCGGACUUUCUGGGUGGCCUGCGACCUUGCCGUAGUCAAGAUAAUAGUUCUCAAAAGCUGUUCGAAUGGGCCGACGGUCCGCUCAUCUAUGCCAUGCAGGAGGGAUCCUAUUUCAUGGCCGACGAAAUAUCGCUGGCAGAGGAUUCAGUGCUGGAGAGGCUCAACUGCAUAUUGGAGCCGGAACGCAGCGUGUUGCUGGCUGAAAAGGGAGGAGUUGUAGAGGAGCAGCUGGUCACUCCCAAUGACGAUGGCGAGUGCAAAACCAAUGAAGAUUUUGUGGUGCAGGCCAAGGCGGGCUUUCAGUUUCUGGCCACCAUGAAUCCAGGCGGAGAUUUUGGCAAGAAGGAACUCUCACCUGCUUUGCGCAAUCGCUUCACGGAAAUCUGGUGUCUGCCCUCGGACAACAAAGAAGAUCUCAUUGAGAUUGCCCAUAAUUGCAUGCAGCGUGGCUCGACGGCCAGCUCCCUAAAGGAUACCCAUAAAAUAGCGGAAUACCUAGUGGAAAUUGUACUCUAUAUACGCGACUCCAACGAGAAGUUCAAGUUCUCGGUGCGCGAUAUACUCGCCUGGGCGAGCUACAUGGUCAGCAAUGCGCAUUUGUCAUUCGCGGAGCAGGCAAUCUUUGGACUGGAGACAAUCUUUCUGGAUGCCCUGGAGAUGUUGCCGCACGAAUCGCAGGCACAAAUUGAAGAGCUAAAGUCGAAGAUCACCGCAUAUGCUAUAGAGCAAGCAAAGAUCAUACUCUCAGAGAAAUUUGAUCGCGCUCAGUUGGCUGAGAAACGAGGCCAGGAGGUGCAGCUGGACGAGCAGCUCUUUGGCAUACGCCCCUUUUAUAUAGCUGUCAAUCCGAAGCGCCUGAUGCCCGCCGACUCGAAUUUCCUGUUCGAUGCGCCCACAACCAAGAAAAACCUAUUUCGAUUACUCUCGGCUCUCUCCCUGCAAAAGCCUGUGCUGCUGGAAGGCCCACCUGGAGUUGGCAAAACCUCCAUUGUGGAGAGCAUCGCGCAUGCCAUCGGCUAUGAUAUAGUGCGCAUUAAUCUGUGCGAGCACACAGACCUGGCUGAUCUCUUUGGCACCGAUCUGCCAGCUGAGGAUAAUCUGCUGGAGCGCGUCGAGGCCCAGAAUCAAUUGGGCAGCUUUAUAUGGCGCGAUGGUCCAUUGCUGGCUGCUUUGAAAGCGCCCAAUACAUGGAUCUUGCUGGAUGAGUUGAACUUGGCGCCGCAGUCUGUACUGGAGGGUCUCAAUGCAGUGCUGGAUCAUCGUGGCGAGGUCUACAUACCGGAACUGAACAAGAGUUUCCAGCUGACGAGCAGCACGCGUAUUUUCGCCUGCCAGAAUCCACUGAAACAGGGAGGCGGACGCAAGGGAUUGCCGCAAUCGUUCCUAAAUCGUUUCAACAAGGUUUAUCUGAGAAAGUUGACUACGGAGGAUCUGCUGCAUGUGGUCAAUAGGAAGUAUGCCAAAUACUUUGAUGAACUCAGGACAUACUUUGAGGGACUUCUGCAGCAGGAACAGCUGCCCAGAGGCAAUCUCUUCGAGCUGAACAAGGAGCAGGAAGUUGCUGAAGUGGAGUUCGAUUUGGCUGCACGCUUGGUGCGCUUCUCCGAGCAGCUGGACCGCGGCGUUGCCUCCAUGGAGUUUGGCUACAAGGGCGGCCCCUUCGAGUUCAAUUUGCGUGAUAUAUUGCGCUGGUGUGACCUCUUGCACAAUCCGGAGACAGGCUAUCUAAUGCGGACUGAAGAAAGCAGCUUCCAGGUGACCUUUGAGCAGUUUCUGCUCACGCUCUACGAGCGCAUGCAACUGGUUUACUAUCAGCGCAUGCGUUGCGAUCAGGACAAGCUCUACAUACGCAAUGCCUUCGCCAGUGUCUUCAAUUGCAAUGCAGAGCAGCUGAAUGGCAUUGCUGAGGAUGUGGCCAUCUACUGGACAGCGGAUAAGGUAUACCUCAAUGAUGUGGUGCUGCAGCGCUCGCAGCUGCCUCUAGGAGGUGGCACAGUGCAACAGCGCCAGGAGCAGGCGCCAUUGCUGCUGGGCACACAGCGACAGCUGCUGAAGCAAAUUGUCGAAACGGUGCAUAUGGAGAAGCCUCUACUGUUAUGCGGUGCCACGGACAGUGGCAAGACGAAGCUAAUUGAUGCUCUGUGCGUGCUGUCCAACAACGUUUGCAACUCGGAUAACAUUGAUGAUUCUGUGACGGGCAGUUUUCAGCAGAUCGAUCUAAAUCGUCAUUUGGAGGAAAUAUACAAGGCUGUGCAGGGCUUGCUCUUUGUGGCAGCUCAAACGGCUUUUAUGAAGCAGACGGAAUAUGCUUUUGUGCAGCAGUUAUGGGCCGCUUGGAGCAAGUACAAUCAGCUCUUGAAAUUGAGCACAGAAACUGCCCAACACAGCGUUGCUGAGGAGCUGCAGCUAUUCGAGCGUCGUUUGUCUGCCCUGGAACGAAUCAUUCUUAAGUUAUCCGAAACGCCACCAGAAUGUCGCGAUCCACUCUUCGAUCAAUUGCCGCAGUACAAGACGCGAUUGUCUCUGCUGCAAGCCUACAUCAAAUCCGCUGAUUCACUUAAUACGGGCGGCUCCUUUGAAUGGGUGGAUUCGCGCAUUGUUACAUCCUUGAAGUGUGGGCAGUACAUCUUGUUGGAGCAUGUGAAUUUGUGCUCUUCUGCCGUGCUGGAUCGCCUGAAUCCCGUGUUUGAGCCGAAUGGCAGUCUACUGAUUGCAGAGAAGGGCAUUAGCGCACACACUAGCGCCGAGGUGGUUCACAAAGCUCCAAACUUUCGCGCUUUUCUCACAGUCGAUCCCAAGAACGGAGAACUGUCACGUGCCAUGCGUAACCGUUGUGUGGAGCUGUCAUUGAGCGUUUCAAAGGACGCCUACAGCGUAGAUGAUAUGCGUGCCAUUGUCCAUGGCCAGGGCGUGCGGCACAUAGACGCUAUUGACUGCAUGCUCAGCAUACAUCGUGGCAUAGUUCAACUCACGGAAUUUAACUCAUACACCAUCUCACAUCUCACUCAGUUCGCCUUCCUGAGUGCCGCCUACAAAAGGAUUGGAUAUCAGCUGAAGCGGGCCAUUUACGUGGCUGCCAUGGAGGUUUAUGUGUACGCAGCCAGCACGGAUCUAAUGGGCUAUGGCCUGUCCUACUAUCAGAACAAGCUGCGCGACGUGGUGCUAACUCACAUAGAGAAGUUUGAGGAGAGUGAGGUGCAGCAGGUGGAUUAUCUGAAUGAUGUUAUAUUGCGUACAGAUGAGCUGAAUGAACUGACGCUUAUAAAACUGCAAGCAGCUGCCUUGAAGGUGCUACUGGAGACGUCCACUGAAGAUGAGCAGCUGCCCAAGGAGCAACUCAGAUCACUAUUUCAGCCCAUGGAAGCGCUUGAUCUAGGUCAGCUGAAUCUGCAGCAGUUCAGGCGUUACUUCCUACACAUGCUAUAUGAAGUGAGUGCGUUUGAUGAACUGGAAUUGCGACAUCUUUAUCUGCAGCAGUGUCUGAAGGCUGAUGCGGGAUUGCAACAGAUCUCGACAAGCCUAUAUGAAUGCCUGCUGCAGCAGGGCAAGCAUUUCCGCAAGAAUCUACCUCAACUGCCUUGGCAUCGGAAACUCUUUCCACGCCUGCGUGACUAUGCAACGCAGCGGGAGGCAAAAGGUGCUGGCCCAGACGCCGCCUUGGCACUCAGUGCUGCUCUGUUAUCCCAGCAGCUGAUGGAUAAGAUACCGAAGAGAGCUCUGGGCAAGAUCCAGCACUUGGAUGCGCUGCAAUAUUCGCAAGCCUUGAUGGAGAAGAAGAUCACUGAUAAGUUUAGCAACGAUUUUCUAAGCCAACUCGCCGUCUUCCUCAACAAUCUGCAGCUGGUGCUGCAGCAGCACUUGAGCUUUGCUCGCUUUGAGUUGCCUCAAUAUGCUCAAUUCUUGACUAAGCUGAAAUGGUUUAAUCGCUUGCUGACCACAGCUCAGCAGAAGCUGCUGCAUAAUAACGAGCUGCAUGCGCCGCUAAUGCACAAACUUGUGCUGCACUUCAAUUGGCUGCAGAAGCAUCUGAUAGUCGCUUUAGUUGAGGCCUGGCCCGAGCUGUUUGACGAGUAUGAAGAGCUGCGCGAGAGUCUGCAUCAGAUGUACUUCUAUGUGGAGCAGACCAAGCGGCCAAUGAAUGUGAUCUGCAAGAUUUAUGCCAAGCAAUUUACACAAUUUCAGCCUUACUAUCUGGAACAACAGAUCACACUGCACGAGCAACUGGCGCAGCUGCAGCAGCUGUUGAAUGUGGUGCCACAGUAUGGCAAUAUGGAUAGCAAACUGUGGCUGCACAAGUGGCUGGCUCUCCACUCAGAUGAGGCACACAAAUGGCGUGCUUUUAUGAGAAGAAACAUGCCUAGCUGUCAGCUGAAGCAGUUCGAGCUGACAGACAACUGCAAGGGAAAGCUGCAGGAGGCGCUGCUCAAACUGCAAGUGCAGCUCAAAGAGCAACAACUGCAGGCAUUAACAGAAGAUCAACUCAAACUGGACAUAGAUAUAGCAGAAAUUAGGCAACAAGUCAGUGCUAGCCAGGAUGAGGCGAGUGAUGAGCAUGUAGUUGACCUGAAAACGAGCGAAUUAAAGUCUUAUCAACUGCUUCUGCCAGCCUUGCGAGAUUACUUUAUGGAACGUGCGCUGAGCCGUUCACUGCAUACGGAUUGUGAUGAGGAAGUGAAUCAGCUGUACAGCGAGCAGCUGCUUACGCUGAAUGGACACCUCUGGCAGUGCUUGAAUACAUUGAGCAGUGAGACACAUGCCAAUGCAAUGAUUGCCUGGCAGGAGCUAAAACUUGUGCUGGAGGAGCAACAGAGUCCAGAGCAGUUUAAGGAACUACUGCAGCAGCAAUUGGCUGGCAGCAGUUUCUACAAGGCGCUGCGCAGCUAUCGGCGUGCAUAUCGACAAGCACUGCAAUGCUAUCAACUGGAGAAUUUGGCCACGCGCUUCGAUUGCGCCCAGUUGCCCAGCGAACCGGAGCUGAUGUGCCGCUACAGCUAUCAAGGAGCACCACUGACGAAUGCCCUCUUGGCGCUGCUUUGCCAGUCGAAUGGACAAAUGCUCGCCGUGCCGCUCAGCGAGCUGCAGCCCUGGCGGCAGACAUUGCAACAAACGCGACAGCUGCUCUGGCAGAAUGGACAGCUCCUGGGAGGCCGGCACAGCCCAGAGCUCAACAAUCUAGAGUUGGUGGCAGAGGGUGGCAAACAGCUGCUUAAGGAAUUGGCAUAUGUGCAGCAUCAGCAGCAACUGGAGUCGGGCUUUGAAAGCUGCGUACAGGAAUUGAAGCAUGUGCUGCAGGAGCUGGAAUCAAAGGAUGAGAAACUAGCAUUAAACAACUCAUUCCAUGCAGCGCUGGGUAACACGCUCAUAGGCGCUCUGGAGCUAUGCGUGCUUACGCAUGCACCGCUCAUCGAUCCCGUGGAGAAGAAUCGCCUGAAGAAUCUGUACGUUGCCGAGGACAUCGAUUGCCUGCAGCAUCUGAGCGCUGGCUACGACUUCAUGAAGAUCAUCAUGAGGUACAAGCACUUUGGCCAACAGAUCUACGAGCAGCUGCAGCAGCGACUGCAACAGCUUCAGCAGCAACAGCAACAGCUCAACCAGAAGUUGGCCCUGCGACCGGAGCAAUGUCUGUAUGCCAGCUUGGUGCAGGACUUAGUGCACUUCCUGAAAUCCAAUUGCGAUAGUGUUGCCCUGCAUAAGUUGGUAUUUGCCAUCAAGGAGAAUUGGUCGCACUUUGUGGGUCCCCAGGCGGCUAAUGAUAUGCAACUGCGUCGUGGCGCUGAGCUGUUGAGCAAACUGGAUCUUUGGCUUGCUAAUGCGCAGCGCUUUGUGCAUCACACGCUGCUGCGCUAUGAUGCCUACUAUCAGGACUUUGUGCAGCCCAUCAAAUGUGCUGUGAAUCAGCUGCGCUUUGGGCUGGAGCAGCUGAAGCAGCUCUUCACUCGAGUGCUCUUGGCGGGCAGUGCUCCAGAGGCUCUCAAGCUGGAGCAGACGAUCGCGCAGAUGGUGGAGUUCCCAGCGCAACGACCGUUGGCCAUCAGGAACAGUCAUGUCUACGGACUCCUUGCCAAGCUGCCACACAGUGAGCACGAAUACUUCCGCCUGCUCAAGGCCAAGCUGUGCGAGCUGCGCAACUUCGUCUCCAUUGCUGCGAGCAUUGAUGAGACGAUUUUCACUGCCUACGACGAUGCCUUAAGCAUUUGCAAUCGCACCUGGCAGCAGGAGGAGCAGCGUCGCAAGGAUCAACGUGCCGAGGAGGAGAGUCUAUAUAAGACUAAAACCUUGGGUGGCAUAGAGGAUGAGGAGCUUGUAGAGCUGCAGGAGAUUGAACAAAAUUUCCCCACCAACCUGGACGAAGACUAUGCCGACUUUGUGGAUCAGCCAACGCUCGAGCAGGUGCUGAAGUUGGAUAAAAAGGCUAGCACGAAGGCGAAGCUUGCGCAAAUAGUCAACGAACAGGAUUACGUAUUCCUCGCACGCAAUUUCAUCGAUGUAAUGAGUCGACACACAACUGUCAAGUACCAGGAUCAGGAGCAGCAGCAACGGGAGCAGAAGCAGCUGCAACUCAUAGAGCCUUACCAGGCGCGCCUCCAGGUCUUUGUGCAGCUGCACGGACACUAUAAGACUGCGCUGGGCGCCACGCUCGAUGGCAGCGUAUAUAAUGCACUCUCGUUUGCGCUGGCGCUGCAGCAGAGGCACUUAAAGGACCUGGAACUGGAGGAGCCACACUCGUCGCCUGCUGCCUAUGACUACUACAAGGACUCCAACAUAUCUGAGGUGAAUGGCUGCCUCAGUGUCAUGGAGCGCAUAGAGCAGCGGGUGCUGGCACAGCUGGAGCUCUAUCCGGAGCAUGCGGGCCUGGCGGACAUUAAGCUGGUCAUCGCGCGCAUCCGAAAGCUGCCCGCCAAUGCGUCUGUGGUGCGCUUCAAUACUGGCUUCCAGCUGCUGCGCCAGAAGCUGGCGCUGUGGAACGAGGUGGCCCAUAAGAACAACAAUCUGGUCCCCGAAGAGAUCGAGGUGGCGGAGUUUGUGCAGCGCUGGACCAAGCUCGAGCUGCAGCAUUGGCGCAAUUGCCUCAAUCAGACGGGACAGCAGGUGGAGCUGCAGGGCUAUCGCUAUUGGUUCUUCAUCUACAAUCUGCUGCAGACGGAAGUGGAGCUGCCAGAGCUCAUACGAACGCUGCGCCAGUUCGUGGAGGCCGCUUGCUACGGAGACUUCCAUGUGCGAUUACAGCUCCUCCACGGCUUCGAGAUGUACUUGCAUAAUUUGGAGCGUGUGGGCAAGCGGCAGAAUCUGCAGCCGCUCAUUGCUGCUCUGCACAAUUUGCAGCUGUACUUUGACCAGUUUAGGCUGGAGGUGGCUGAGACGGUGAAGGCACGACGUGCCCCCAUCGAAAAGAAGCUCAGGGAGUUUGUCAAGAUACAGAGCUACAACAAGGAUCUGAGCUACUUCAGCAUGCGCAACAAUGUGGCCAAUGUGCAUCGCAAUCUGAACAAGUUCCUUAAGGAAUAUCGCCUGCUGCUCGAGCAGAAGAUCAGCGAGGUGUUCCAGCCCAAGGAUGCGACCGUCAAGGACUACAGCAUGGAUAAGAGCAAAGUGAGGAGCAAGACCACGCCCUAUUUAGUGGAUGUUCAGCACUUUGUAGCGCCAGUGCAGCUUCGCCAGAAGUAUCAAGUAAAGGAGCUGGCAGCUGAUGCCCUGCCCCUGCUUCAACAGCUGGGUAAACAUUUUACCACUGCACGCAACAUAGUCACACGGACGCUGAGCCAGGCCAGCUAUGGCGCACUGCUGGAAGAACUAGAUGAAGUGGUGGAUCAGCAGCUGGAACGUUGCGAGCAUCUGCGCAAUCUCAAUGUGGACCGCAGCAAGGAGCGACCACAGCAGAAGCUGCAAGCCAAGCAAAUACUGCAGCAGAAACGCAAAGCUCUGAUCGAUCUCUUCAAGCUGCUCGCCCGAAUGGGCUUGAGCUACAGAAGCGGACUAAUGGAGCUCACGCUGCGCGGGGAGUUCGAGAACUUCCAGUUGCCGCCGUUCAGCAUUAAGGCCAUGUUGCCUCAGCUGCACGGCAGCUGGCGACAGCUCAAUCAGCAUCUGGAUCUGUACUACAUGAAGAGCGUAUUCAAGCUGAAGCUGCUGCAGAAUAUUAUGUUGACGCCUCUGUCGGAGCUGGGCCCGCCCAAUAUUGAACGCAUCAAAGGCUUUGCAGUGGAUCUCUUCCUGCACGUGCAGCAGCAGCGCGAGCAGCUGUCGAGUUCCACCAAUCAGCUACACCAGCUGCGAAACGCAUUGCAGCAAUUGCAGCAGCUGGCGGAGAUUGUGCUGCCCGUUGAGGUGGACAUUGAGCAGCUGCGUUUCAGCCCCAAGGCGGAUGAGUGUGUGCAGCUGAAGCAUAAGCUCUGUCAAAUACAAUACGUACUCCAGCAGUGGCAGCUGCUCCUCCAGUGUGCGCCACUGCAGCCGCUCAGCGAGCAUAGCGUGCUGCUCCACAGCAAGCCACUGCCUCAGUCCGAGUUGUUGGAGCUGUGCGGCUCAGCUCUGCGUGGCAGCCAGGUGCUGUUGCAGGAGCUGGAACAUGCUCACACGGAGUUUUUGGAUAGCCAAAAGCUACUUAGCUAUCAGCGUAGCUACCAGAAGAUUGUGGAUAAUAUUAAACAGGCGGUGGAGCAGCUGGAUGCGGGACACGAGGAGCAUUUGCCGCUGGCACAGCCGCUGCAGGCACUGCUCAAGCAGCUGGAGAGCAGCUCAGCUGUAUGCGAGGCCAAAGCAGAGCCUGUUGACCUAAACAAUGUAGACGCGGAGCUAGCUAACAUUGCACAUGGCGUGUUGCUGGCACUCCAGAAGAUCUACAAGGAGCACGGCCAGCAACCAAAGCAGGAGGAGGGCGAGCAGCAAGAGGCGCUCAAGGAGCAGCAUCUAAAGCAGCACUUGACAGGCCAACUGAUGACCAAUUGGGAGCUGUUAGGUCUGCCUCGCACUCUGUCCAAGCUCUCGACUGUGUUGCUGGUGCUGAAGCACGCUAAUCCCAGCCAGGAGAAGCUGGUGUGCUUGCGACGAGCUGUGUCCCUGCUGCCCAUACUUCAGCAAUAUCAAUUGCUGGCAGAUUACAUUCUACUGCAGCAGCUGGGCACCCACCGACUCUCGGCCAAGAUGCUGUCCAUAAUGCUUACCGCCUUCGUGGAGAUUGGCAGCAAAGGUUUCUGUGUGCCGCCAGACCUCAUGCAGGACGAGGAGGGCCAGUCCAAACAGGACUCGAAGAACGGCGAGGGCUUUGGUCUGGAGGAUGGUACAGGUGAGAAUGAUGCUUCGGAUAAAAUUGAAUCUGAGGAUCAGCUAGAUGAUGCCAAGCGGCCAGAGGAUCGCAAGGACGAGGGCGAUAAGGAGGAGCCCGACAACAAGGAAGAGAAGGGCAUCGAAAUGAGCGAUGAUUUCGAUGCCAAAAUGCAGGACGUGGAAAAGCCAGAGAACGAGGAGGAUGACAGUGGCGAAUCCGAGGAUGAGGAGGAAUUAAACAAGGAGAUGGGCGAAACGGAAGAGGGCGCCGAAAAGCUGGACGACCAGAUAUGGGGCGAUGACGAGGAAAAACAACCCGAGGAAGAGGAACCGGAUUUGAAUGAAGAGGAUCACGGCAAAGGCAGCAAAGAUGAGAAGGAUGAGCACAAUGAUCUGGACGCUAAGAACGACGCAGCCAAGGAGGAUGGCAAAGAUGAGCACGAAAACGAGGGUCUGGAUGCAACAAACGAGCCCAGUGGCGAGGAUAAGCGCAAGGAGCAGGCCAAGGAUAUCGAAGAUAUGAAGGACCAAGAGCUCGAUGAAGAGCAAACCAAUGCCAUGCACAAUGAACUGGAAGAGCCACCAGAGCCAGAGGAAAUGGAUUUGGGUGAUAUGAACAACGUGGACGAAGGCCAUGACAACGAGGCCGAUGAGCCAAAUGAUGAGAAUCCAUUUGAUAUAGACACCAUGAAGGAAAACAUGCAGCCAGCCGAUGAAGCUGAAGAGAAUGAAACCGAGGAGGAGAAAAAAGAAGAUGAGGACAUGUCGGAUGAAUCAGAUUCAGAAGCAGAGGAGAAUGGUACGGAAAAAGAGCAAACACAAAAAGGCAAAGACGAGCCAGAAGAGGAUCCAAAUGCUGAAGAAGAGCAAGAGAACACCGAACCAGAGACACAAACACGUGGAGAAUUGGAUAGAGAAGAGGAACAGCCAGAGGAGAAACCCGCAGAGCCAGAGGCUCAUGAAGAGAAACCAGAGGAGCACUCGCAAUCCAAGGAUAAAUCAAGCAAGGAAGACAACGUGCAAUCCGUGCCAGAUACGGAGCAGAAUAGCUCAGCCGAUCAGGUGCAACAACAGCAGCAAGAAGAUGAUAUCAAGCAGGAUCAGAAAAUGGACGAGCAGGAGACGGGUGAAGAGAAGGAUGGCGUGGGUCAAGCUGAAAAUGAUACGAAUGAUGGUGGUCAUCAGGGCAUAGCUGAGACAAAGGAAACCGUUUCCCAGGAAGAGCGCAAGAAUGAGAAGCAAACCCAGGAGAAGCGCAAGCAAGGACGUACGAAUGAGGAACGAUCUCUAGGUGAAGCUGAGCAAAACAAAUUGAAGCAGCUGAAAACUAUUGACCAAAUGAAGGAGUCCAAACAGAAUGAAAGCGAAAAGCAAGAACAAAUGGAUGAAAAUGUUGAAGCGGAGGAGUAUCAGCAUGUCAAGGAGCCAAAGAACAGCGAUAAAACUACUUUGGAUAAUGCCACAGAGGAGCAAUCGAAACAAAUCAAGCAUCAAGAAGAUGAAGAGCUCAAAGACGAAGCAGAUGCCGAAAACGCAGAUGAGCUGAUGGCAGAUGAGGAUGUGCCAGCAGAGCAAGAGCAGGAUGACACACAACUGGAGCAGCUGAGCUCCGAAAAAACCGAUCAGAAAUCAGACAAGCCUUCUAAGACGGAGCAGGCAAAGGAACGAGUGGAAGAGCCACAGCAGAUGGAAAUAGAGGGCGAAGUCGUAGCCACAAUGACUGUGCCGCGCAGCACUGAGACCACUGCGCAUAGCAACACGGAGCUAUUGCUCGAGAAGAGCUUGCAGGCCCAGGAGCUAAGUACAGCAGAGCAAAUUGAGCUCAGGCAAAUGUAUCAACAACAGCUAACUAGCACGAAUCCCAAUCUGCCACAGCAUGAGGAUUAUGAGAGCUGGUCGAGCAUCUCCAAUCGCAUGACGCAAAAUGCUCGCGAGCUGUGCGAACAGUUGCGUCUCAUCUUGGAGCCGACAAAGUGCACCCGUCUCAAGGGUGACUAUCGCACGGGUCGACGCAUCAACAUGAAAAAGAUUAUACCAUAUAUAGCCUCGCAAUUCCGUAAAGACAAAAUCUGGUUGCGCCGCACAAAACCCGCCCAGCGCGAUUACAAGAUAACUAUAGCCAUUGACGAUUCCAAGUCGAUGCAUCAUAACAAUUCCAAAAUAUUGACCCUGGAGGCUAUCUCGUUGGUGUCGCAGGCUUUGACGCUGCUCGAAAGCGGUCGCCUGAGCAUUGUAUCCUUUGGCGAAGCGCCAAAAAUUAUCCUGAACCACACGGAACAGUUUGAUGGACCGCGUUUGGUUAGUGCUCUCAACUUCGAUCAGGAUAAAACGAAAAUUGCGGGUUUGCUCGACUUUAUACGCACUGUAAAUAUGGAAGAGAGCGGCUUGGGAGGCGAUAAUGGUCUCUUCGAGAAUCUGCUGCUGGUGUUGAGCGAUGGGCGAAAUAUUUUCAGUGAGGGCAAUCAGAAAGUAAAGAAUGCCAUCAAACUAGCUAGGCUGCAGCGCAUAUUCCUCGUAUACAUCAUUAUCGAUAACCCUGACAAUAAGAAUUCAAUACUGGACAUUCAACACGUUGAGGUCAAUGCCGAUGGCUCGGUGAAAAUCAAUUCAUAUUUGGAUAGUUUUCCCUUUCCAUAUUAUGUUAUUGUCCGGGACCUUAAUCAAUUGCCUCUAGUACUCAGUGAAGCUAUGAGACAAUGGUUCGAAUUAGUCAAUAGUGAAUAGACGGUCAUUACUUUGUAUAUAGUAGAUAGAAACGAUAUAUAAUUACUUAUUCCUUUUUUUUAAUAAUUGGAUACUUUAUAAUAUAAUAAAUAUUAAGUUUU